UUUGAGAAAAAUAUUUUGAAUAAGUUACUCAGUGUGCUGACCCGAACAACCCCGUAACCCGAUCCGCCCGAUCAAAAACCCGAUGAACCCACAAUCCAACUAACCCAAACCCGAUGAACCCGCAACCUAUUUGAACCCAAAGUCGAUUGAACCCGGCCCGAACCGCCGAUUGAAAUGUGCCUGAAACAUAUAAUUGUAUAUUUUCUAUAAAACGGGUUAAUUCGGUCAAACUCCAAUCCGAUGAACUUCAAGUCCAACGGCUUAAACCGGUUGUGAGUCUUUUGACACGGAAACUUUCGUCCACGCAACCAAACUUUUCCAGCUCCGCUCCCGCUCCAGUAUUACUUCUCGUCUGGUUCACUGCCGAAGACAAUAUAAGAGCUUUUCUUAUUCCUUUGCCUUUUCCUGUUCCAGUUCCUGGGUUUCCUUCUACUUCUCGAACAAGCCCUUCCUCUGUCGUUUAUCUGUCUCUCUGGGUUCGGUGAAUUCCAGUGGAUACCUAUUUGGGCGCUGUCCACUCGAUAGUUCCUAGGCCGUUUCGUUCGGAGCUCUUGCGUUGCUGGGUCGCGGGUAAUUCCAUCUCCUUGUCCCUUGGCAAAUUAAGAUUUUAUAUUUGAUGUUCCGCUUAUUCGCGGCGUGCUAGAUAGUUGAAUCUCUUCCAACUUAGCUUCCUCCUUGGUUAUUGGGGUUUAAAGUUCGGAGUUCUAUUCUUAAUGAUCGAUUGACGUUGAAUUUGGUGCCUGCAAAGAAUUCCUUUAGCUCUGGUCUCAGAGUACCAUGAUUUGCAGCAUCUCGGAGUUUCUGUCUGAUCAGUGGGUGGGAGUUCAUCAUGUUUGAUGACAUGCUGAUAGUUUGAUGACUUAAAACUAUUGAUAAGCUGUUGAUUAUGGGUUUUCUGCUAUGUGGAGUAACAAGUGUUAGAUUGAGUUUUACUUUGAGACUAGAGCCUUUGUGAAGAUUCGAUCUUUGCUCUUCAUGGUCCUUAUUUAGUGAAAAUUAUGAGGAACGCACCUCAUUCUUGUUAACUGUAGAUCAGCUUUCUUCAUUUAAUUGGUCUGUACUCGCCAUCUCUUUUAGUAUACUGCCCCAUUUGGAUUAUACAUUUCUGCAUUACUGCACUAGUGAGUAUGGCUGUUGAAGAGCUCAUAGUGGAAGUACCCAAACUACAAUGCAUGAUGGAUGUAAUACUUUAAGCAUGUAAAACUACUUGAUUGUGAGCUUCUAAUGAUUCAUAACGCCCUCAUUUGCUUGCGUAAUUUAUAGCAUUUCAAUAACUUACUGGCAGUGAGCAGUACAGCGAGUGAACAGAGGUUUUUUAGCGCACUUCAUAGUAAUAGUCGAACUUUGUGCUUCUGUAAUUAUAUAUGUAAACCUCAUUGUUCGUUCGUGGUGGUAAAAAAAAAAUGUUUGCUUUGGUGUCAUACAUCAUUGUUAAAGGUUCCUAUUAGUUGGGAAAGAAACUCGGGAGUGUUUAUCAGCCCUUUGUCAUCAGCAACAGGGAAAAUUAUGUUGCUUCUGACUUGUAUACCUAUACCUAUUUCAAACUUGAUUCUGCAAAUCAGAUGCUGUCAAUUUGAGCAAAGGAUGCCCGCCAUUUUUUCCCCUCUCUAGUUCUAUCUCAUAAAAUCCUGUAUAGUUGUGUUCAAGUCCAAUUUGUUUGGUUGCCAACGUAUGGGGUCAAAUAAUUUAGCGGGUUCCCCAGUCAUUCUUUGCUGAAAUGUUUAAGAUCUUUUACGAAAUACAGAAGGGGACUUAAAUGAUAAUAACACAACAGUUUUGUCAAUAAAAUAGGGAGUUUGGAAUAUCACUUGUACUAUGACUCGUGCAGUAUUCUUGGCAUCAAGUAGAACAUAUACUUUAGGAUGUUUGGAUUAUAUUAUCGUGCGGUCACGUGCUUGGGAUGUGCAGUAGAUAAUGUGUAAAUAGACCAGUAUUGUUCAGUUAUUAAAAUCAGUUUAUCCUUCAGAUGAUUGGUUUGAGGCAGUAAUAGCAUUGGUUGCUUAUGUGUAGUAUUCUGACAUCCCAACCUCUAUUUUAUUCCCUCCAACUCUGUUUCCUUUUACUGUCUUUUUUGCGAGUACUGGACUUUGAAUCUCCAAUAUUUAUUUUAUUGUUGUACUUUUGAGAAGGGAUAUUUAUUAUUAUGCUGGUUUGGCUUCUUUAUAUGCCGUUUAACUGAUGAUCACAGUAAAUUAGAUGUUAUCCUACUUGUUUCUUACAGACUGUUAAUGUUGUCUCAACGCCACGUCAUCUUUGAGUUGUCUGCUUUCUGUUUGUGUCACUAUCAAACGAAAAUAUAUUUAAGGUAAAGCUUGUAAAUAACUUGAGUUCCUUUUUAUUUCCAGAACUUUGUUUUAGCGAUUGUUCCUGGGGGAUGGACUGGUUGCCUUUGCAUGCUCUAUGCAUCUGUGAAUGAUGUUCAGUGGGCAGACGAACUCUAAUACCCUCAGGAAAUUUAAUUGGAGAUGGCAUGAGGACUCCACUUUGACAGCAGGCUUGCUUAAGGAUGUGGCACCAGAGAUUGAGCUGUCUGGUUAUGGAAGGAUACCAAGUCCUGGUAGUGAAAGCCCUUCUGGGCUUCUUAAUGGUGAAAGCUUGAACGUGGAGCCAAUUGCUGAUCUGGACUUGUUCUUUGAAAGGCUUUACAGCUAUUACUGUGAGAAAGGCCUUUGGUGCAUUAUUAUAAAAUGGAUAGUUGAGCUUCUGAGCCUUGGUUUCACCAUAUGUUUCUCAGGAUUUUUCUUACUUUAUGUUGACUGGAAUGGUCUACGUAAUGCAAAGUGUGGAAUGGAUGCAGUUGAAUCUGGAACCAAGCCUUGCGACCUUGCAAAAGAAGCUCUUCAUGAGCACCCAUUAACCCCCUUGACUAUAUCAAAAACCAUAAUUGUUGGAUAUUUGGGAUUGUUUUCCAUCUAUCUGGUCUUCUGUUUCUUCAGGUUUUUCUCUCAGUUGAAGGAGACCCUUAGGAUCCGUCAAUUCUAUCACAACAGUCUUCAUGUGACAGACAAGGAGAUCCAAACUAUGCCAUGGGCAACCGUUCUUGAAAAAAUUGUCCAACUGCAAGCCUCACAACAACUAUGUGUGGUCAAAGACCUAUCAGCUCAUGACAUGGUCAUGCGGUUGAUGCGGAAAGAAAACUACUUGAUUGGGAUGCUCAAUAAAGGGGUACUUGCAUUCCCUAUAUCACAGUGGGUUCCAGGUGCUGGGCCAACAGUCAAAUUUGGUCCAGAUGGAAAUCAGUAUCGUUUAGUUCUCACAAAGACUCUUGAAUGGACCUUAAACUGGUGCAUACUGCAGAGCAUGUUUGAUCGAAACUUCUGUGUUAGGAUGGACUUCCUUUCGAAUCCUAAAACACUAAAAAAGCGACUUAUGGUUGUGGGGCUUGCAAUGCUUCUGCUUUCGCCAUUUCUUGUUAUAUUCAUGUUAGUAUAUCUCUUCUUGCGACAUGCUGAGCAGUUCUAUAAUCAUCCUGGUACAGCAUCAUCUAGACGGUGGUCAAAUUUGUCAAGGUGGAUGUUCAGAGAAUUCAAUGAGGUUGACCAUUUGUUCAAGCAUCGAAUCAACAGCAGUAUAGUGCAUGCUUCAGAAUAUCUAAAACAGUUCCCAUCUCCUAUAAUUUCAAUUGUUGCAAAGUUUAUCUCAUUCGUAUCUGGUGGAUUUGCUGCUGUCCUGCUGAUCAUUGCAUUGGUGGAGGAAUCUUUACUCGAGGGCCAUAUUUUCGGGCGCAACUUGUUUUGGUAUGCUGCUGUUUUUGGAACUAUAACAGCUAUCAGCCGGGCUGCAGUGACUGAUGAUCUCCUAGUUCUCGAUCCGGAAGGAACAAUGGCUGUGGUGGUACAGCAUACUCAUUAUAUGCCAAAGAGGUGGCGGUGCAAGGAACAUACUGAGACAGUUAGAAUAGAGUUUGAAACCUUAUUUCAGUAUACUGGUAUGAUGUUACUUGAGGAGAUGGCAUCGAUAUUUCUCACUCCACUCUUGCUUUUAUUUGUUGUACCAAAGCAAGUUGAUGACAUCUUGGAGUUCAUAUCAGAUUUCACAGUGGAUGUCCAGGGUGUAGGCCAUGUUUGUAGUUUCAGUGCCUUUGAUUUUCUAAAUCAUGGCAAUAGCAACUAUGCUUCUCCCUGUAAUGCACCUCGCACUCAAAGGAGUUCUCAGGGAAAGAUGGAAAAAGCAAUGUUGAGUUUCAAGAGUAGCUAUCCUUCAUGGGAACCAAAUGCUCAAGGGAAGCAAUUCCUGCUAAAUCUUCGGAAUUUCAGGGAGCAGAAGCUGCAAGGUCCAGGAAUUAGACAUAUGUGUCAGCAUCCUCAAUUGUUACGAGGCAGCCCCCUAAGCCUUAGAAGUGCGGAGGAGAGAAACACGACCUUUUCUCGGGGUGCGCCAUAUUAUACUGCUAGAUUUCAGUUGGACUCCUUAUGGUUGAUUGAUGUUGAUCAAAAGAAUCAUCAUCCAUAUCUUCUGGAUUGGUACUAUAUGGCCCAACACCACAAUUCGAUGAAUGAUAAUACAAGAGAAGAAGAAUGUACUGUACAACUUGAUGUGAAUGAGCAACAAAUCGAAGAUAUCUGGAACCCUUCCAAUUUGGCACAGGGUGGUGUUGCAAGAUACGAUCAUGAAGACUACUGGGGUGCUCAGCAUGUGGAUGAUCGACCGGGCUCUCAUCUGCAGACUUCCACGUCUGCUCCAUUCUUUCGGGAGAGUGUGAUCCGGCAUCACGAUUCCAGUCACGGCGCUGUUAAUCCUGGUGGAAGCCAUUGGUGGUCCAGAAGCAACUUGCAAGGACGACAGCCGCAGGCAAGUUUCCUGGAGCCCCCUGAUUUCAACAGAUUUGCUCGUGGUAAUCAGUUUGAGAAUUUAUCGGAAAGAAGCAUGGAGGAGCAAGAACAGGACUUGGAGUUAAGGAAUUCACGUAGUGUGUCCAGGACUACUUACAUGUAUGAUGAUGACAUUGAAGCUGGAGGAAGGAAUUUGAGUCUCCAUUUUGAUGAAGUUUAUGCCAGCAGACCUGAAACUAGAACUAUAGAUCAAGACCAUGAAGACCCACCUAGCUUUUAAAGAAAAAUGAUACUUUCUUCAGUCUGAAUGGAAGGUUCUAUGUUCAGAUAUAUGGAAUCGUAGUGGACUUGUGCAGAUUUAGAUUUAAUUGUUGUACAUAAGAUUCAUUUUUAAGGUAGCUUCCUCCAGUCAAUUUUAGGAGUUGGCCACUUCAUUGUGAGUCACCUUCUGAAACUGUAAAGACUAAAGGCGAUCCAAUUGAAAUCCAGCGGAGAUUCGUUGAAUCUUCUGUUAACAUCUACCUUCCUGCUGCUUGGCCAUGGCCGCAAAGUAUUGUUAUGGGGAAUAAGAUGGUCAUUAUUGUUAUGGUCUAUGGGAAUAAAAUCACGUUAUUUAG